AUGGUGCAGGGAGGCGCGUCAGGAGGUGCGGGAGGCGUGCAGGGGGGAGGGGCAAACUGGUCAGCAGCAGGAGGCACGGGAGCGACAGGUCAAGGAGGCGUGUCCGGGGACAGGAACUGGGCAUCAGGGGUAGGGACGUUUGGGGGUAGCGGUGGCGCGGUAGGAAUCGGGAAAGGGAUGUCAGGGGCAGGGUGGGCGUCAGGGGGAGGAGGAGGGGCUGUAGGAGGGGCAGGUGGAGGUGUGUCAGGUGCUGCAGGGGUGUCUGGGGGGAGUGGCGGGAUGGGAGGCAACUGGAACCAGCAAGGCGUUAAUACCCAGGCAGGCGGCAACAUUCAAUUCGGGGACGCCCACGCAGGGGGGAAAGGUGUCCACGCGGGGGACGGAGGUGAUCAUUUCGUGACGGGGAAUACCCACACAGGUGGCGGUAACACUCACCUAGGGGGAGGGGGCGCUCAUUCAGGGGGCGGCAAUACCCACUUUGUAGGCGGGGGUGGCCACUCAGGAGGCUGGGGAACCAACUCUAAAGGGUGGACGUCUGGGGGAGGGGCCAGUGUGUCAGGAGGAGGAGGGGGCUCAGCUGGAGGGAACAUAGGAGGAAGCGGAUGGCAGACAGGGGGCGUGACAGGAAGCAAAGGAGUCACAGGGGAACGGGAGGGUGUUGCAGCAGGGGGAGGAGGAUGGCAGGCAGGGGGAGUGACAGGAAACAAAGGCACCACGGGGACACGGGGAGUAGCAGCAGGGGGAGGAGGAUGGCAGGCAGGGGGAGUAGCAGGGAACAAGGUGCCACAGGGAGCCAGGUGGGAGUGA